AUGGCACUACCUGAGCCCUUGGCCAAGUCAACUAAAAACAGAGAAGCAUGUGAUCCUGAUGAAGAUUCACCUGAACCUUUGAUCAAGAGAACUCGAAAAAGUGAAGACUUGGACAGUGAAACACCAAGCUACAAAAAGGCAGAAUUACAGGCAAGAGAGAAAGAGCCAUCCUCCCCUUACUCGGAUUAUACAACUGGUGAUGAAGAUGAAGGCGAGACAGAUUCAAGCUGCUGGAGUGAGCACAAAGAAAACGACUCUGCACGUCAUUGGACGUAUAAGGAUCUGAUGAAUUUAAAUAUCAGUUAUGAGAAGACACCCUUGGAAAAUUUUAUCAAAGAAGUGAAAGAUGCAUUUAUGAAUGCGAAAGGUUUUUGCCCUGAUUCCAGCAGAAUGAACAGUGUUUUGAAGAGACAUCUUGAAAAUUUGGCCUUUUCGUACGAUACGACAGAUCUUAGAGAUGAUCGUGUGUAUAGCAAUCCUUACUUUGAGGUGCGCAUGAUACUGAAGGAGAUGAAGAAAUAUUUGCAGCAAUGGAAUAAAAACUCAGAAAAAUUGCUUAAUGAGAACCAAUUUUAUGAAGCGUUGGAUCCAUCUACAAAGAAAAGUGCACAAAAACUGAUAGAUGUGUUGGAUUUUGCUGUGCAGACAUUUGCUGGGGAGACCAUUCAACUUGUCAGAAAGAUACUACUUGAAAAGGAGAGUGAUGAAGGGAGAGGUGGAAGAGCUAGAGGUCAAGGGUCAAAGGGUCAUCAUGGUGGAAAAGCUAGAGAACAGUCCAGAGGAGGGCAAGGGGGAUUACAUGGUUGUCAGGAUACAGAGUUUGUGCAAAUCUCUGGGAAUUUUCUCAAGAAUUACUUUGAUAUAUUUGGGAGAAUGUUCUUUUUAGUUUCAGGUGAAGUACAUGCAGGAUGUUUUACUUUUGAGAACCGUACAGUGUGGACCACACCAGAUAGAGUGUAUAACUACCUCGCUGAUAGUGGCUAUCCUCCAGAUGAACUCUUCUUCAUUGUAGAGGUUUAA